UUACAAUGUGAUUCAGACCGAGAUGGAAGGCUUACUAGAAGAACCUAUCUUUACUGUGUGGCUAGGUAGUAGAGCACAAGGUGGCGCAUCAGGAGGACAAAUUACCUACGGAGGGUUGGACAACGAGCACUGUGGGCCGAUCAUUGCUUAUGAAGAAUUGUCGUCAGCCACAUUUUUCCAAUUUAAAAUCAGUGGAAUUGGAGUGGGAAAGCUAAUGAAGAAGGAAACAAUUGAAGUUAUGUCAGACACGGGUUCAUCUUUUAUUGGUGGUCCAAAAAGUGACAUUGAAAGGCUUGCCAAAGCAGUUGGAGCCGAGUACGUAGAAGGGUGCGAGAUCUAUAGGAUCCCUUGUGACGCUAAUCCUCCAAAUCUCAACAUCUACAUUGGAAGUAACAAAUACUCCAUAGAAUCUGCAAAUUACAUAAUUGACCCUUCAAUGCACAGGCAAUUUUCAGAAAGAUUGCCCUUACAGGCUGGUGACAUGUGUAUAUUUGCGGUAUCUCCUGCAACUUCUGGAUGGUUUGGCCCUGCUUGGAUUCUUGGCACCCCAUUCAUUCGUCAGUACUGUAACAUUCACGACAUGGGACAAAAAAGAAUAGGAUUUGCAAGAUCCCUUACCGAGUAAUG